UUUCUACAAUUUAAUUUUGGAAUGGAAUCUCCAGACAGGAGUGAGAUGGAAAGCUGCAACACCCGCUGGGUCGUGCGUGAUUCUGUGCUGUGGGUCACAACCUCGAGGGAACAGCCCUGCCUGGAUCAUGAUGGGAAUGAGGACCCUGGGGUCAUCUGUUCAGUUGGGGACCAGAAUGAGGAAAGCGUCCUCGCAGCGGAGACCCAGUCUGUUUGUGACCUCACUUCUGAGUCUGCUCCGUCCAGUCCCUGGAUUCAGCACUCCACAGAUGGGUCACUUUCUGCCCAGCAGCCAACAGUGUUUGCUCUGAGCCCCUCACUUCAAGAGACUCACAAGCACAUUCUCCAUGGAGUGGUGACUCCCACAUGCAAUCAGUGUGAGGAGGACUCCCCCUGUGCUUGGCACAGUGAUGUGCCCUCAGAUACCCCUAUUACGCAGGAUUCCUCUGACAGUCAGCAAAGUGGACACACUCUGAGCCAAUGGCCGCAUCCAAAUGAUCCUAAGGAAGUUGGGAAAGGAGACAAAUGUCAAAUAAGUCCUGAAUAUGGCAAGGCCUUCAGUUAUUCUUCUUCCCUUAUUGUACACAAGAAAAUUCAUACAGGAGAAAAGGAUUAUACAUGCCAGGAGUGUGGAGAGGCCUUCACUCAACCCUCAAAGCUUAUUAACCACUUGUCUAUUCAUACAGGCCAGAAGCCUUAUGCAUGUCAGGAGUGUGGAAAGGCCUUUACUCAUCCCUCAAAGCUUAUUAGGCACAUGAAUAUACAUACAAGAGAGAGACCUUAUCCAUGUGAAGCCUGUGGAAAGGCCUUCACUGAACCCUCAAAGCUUUUUAGUCAUAUGAACACUCAUUUGGUAAAGAAGCCUUAUGCAUGUCAAGAGUGUGGAAAGACCUUCACUCACCCCUCAAAGCUUCUUAGUCACUUGACUAUUCAUACAGGAGAGAAGCCUUAUAUAUGUCAGGAGUGUGGAAAGGCUUUUUCUCAAUCCUCAGUUCUUAUUAGACACAUGAAUAUUCAUACAGGGGAGGAACCUUAUACAUGUCAGGAUUGUGGAAAAGUUAUCGAUCUAUACUCAAAGUUUAUUAGGCACAUGAAGACUCAUACAGGAGAAAAGCCUUAUACAUGUGAGGAGUGUGGAAAGGCCUUCAGUAAACCCUCAAGGCUGAUUAGCCACUUGACUAUUCAUACAGGAGAGAAGCCUUAUGAAUGUCAGGAGUGUGGAAAGGCCUUCUCUCAAUCCUCAACACUUAUUAGGCACAUGAAAAUUCAUACAGCAGAGAAACCUUAUUUAUGUCAGGAAUGUGGGAAGGCAUUCACUCGAACCUCAAACCUUACUAGGCACAUGGCUAUUCAUACAGGAGAGAAGCCUUAUACAUGUCAGGAGUGUGGAAAGGGCUUUUCUCGAUACUCACUGCUCAUUAAUCACAUGAAUAUUCAUACAGGAGAGAAGCCUACUUAUUAGGAGUGUAGGAAGGCCUUCACUAUCAUCGCUUUCUGAGCACAUGAAAAUGAAUACAGGAUUAUUAAGUAAAUUGAUGCCUUUUGAAGUGGUCCCCAUUUGUUUCCUAUUUGUUAUUGUAUCUCAAUCCCUUGGUCUCCCCCCACCCCCAGGGGCUUGAAUUUUGGAAUUCAAUAAA